CUCCAGGUAACAGCUGUUUCUGGCACCUGUGACAAUGGCAGCCGACGAGCCCGAUCAGCCAGAAUUCGGAAAGGACAAGUCCUUGGCCUGUCAAUCUUGUCGGCGCAAGAAGACGAAAUGCGACCGCGAGCAGCCGUGCGCGCAAUGUACCCGCUUCAACGCCAUCUGUCUCUACGAUGACUGUCGCUCGAAGCCGGGUCUUCGCGCCGGCGCCGUCGAGCGGCUGCAACAGCGCGUCGACACGCUGGAGAAUAUGUUUCUCGGCCAAAGCCUUCUCUGGCAGAGGAUGUGGAGCGCGGUGAUGGAUGGCGUAUCGCCCAAUAUUCCCUCUCCGGCCCACAAUGGCAUCGAAACGGCAGGUAGUACGGCGAGCCUCAAGCAGUUAUCUGAGGAGGUCAAGCAGAACUUGCUGCAAGAGGCAGCAGGGAUGCCUGGUGGCACUUGUGUAGCGUUGUUCAGGCAAGGGCUGGGAGAUGAAAGAAAAGGACACGAAAGACAAGAGUCCAGGGACGAAGAACAGCAGGAGGAGAACACGGAUGUCAUGCGGCAGCAGAAACCACCAGAAGAGCGUGCUGCAAAGCGUCGAAAACUCCAUUGUGACUCCAACGUUGGGCAGCAGGCGAUCGAGACAGUGAACGACUUGUCUGCCGCGCAGCUCUCUGCGCAGGGGCUGCUAUCACAUGCAGUCAUGAUGGAGUUGGUCGAAUUCUAUUUCACCAAUGUCCAUCCCUGGAUUCCCAUUCUCCAUGUCAGGCGAUUUCGUGAGCAGCUGUACAGUCCCGACGGCUGGAACAAGGCCCUGCCGAUUUUACAUGCAAUUCUAGCUACCUCCAUCCGCUUUAUUUCACACCUCGAGGCUGGAGAUCCGCAAUUAAAAGCAGAUAUGGCGGCUGCUAGUCGUCAAAGAGUGAUCCUCAACAGCAUGGAGUCAUUCUCGGUGGAGAACUUGCAAGCAUUGGUGAUUGUAGCGUUCGAUAUAAUCGGGAGUGGUCAAGGCCCGUCAGCGUGGUCGGUGGUCGGCAGCAUGACGCGCACUGUUGAGCAACUCCAGCUAAGUGUCGAGGAUCGUGACGACGAUGAGGAAAGAACGGCAAAGGGUGAGUAUCUCAUCAAGCGAAUGGUCUUUUUGAAGCCAGCGCAGCACUGGUGGCAGACCGAGGAGCGAAGACGGGUAUUCUGGACCGUGUUCCUGAUGGACAGAUUUUGUAGCGUCUCGACCGGAUGGAACCUGAGUUUGACGAGCGCAGACGUUCGACGGCGUCUGCCCUGCGAGGGAGCGUUAUGGCAGCGGGAGCAAGAGCAGACCACGCCAUUCUUUGGCAUCGCCAAUCAUUUCAGCCACGGAGCGAACGGUCCAAUCUUGGACGACGAUAAGCACCCUGGACAGGACUCCCUCGGCGGGUUUGCCUACGCCAUCGAGGCCACUGAGUCGCUGAGCCUGGUGGUCCAUUUCUUCUUGCACAAUGCCCUUGACAUCGAAGACGUACAAAAGACCAAGAAAUGGCUGCUGAGAUUCAAGGAACUCGAUUUGCGCCUGGUUCAGUGGAAGCUCCUGCUGCCGCCAAAGUGGCAAUCGGCUUCGGUUCUCAACGUGGACGGAAUCAUGGACCCGAAUCUGACUCUCGCGCAUUUCACCCACAACACAGCACUAAUUCUGCUCCAUCAGAGCAUCGCCUAUCCUCCCGCACAUUGGAAAGAUUGCCCUGUGCGAUUUCCGUCGGCAACCUCGCUCGAAACGUGUAUCGAGGCUGCCUCCGAGAUUGUGAUGCUGGGUAGCCUGUUUCUCCAGCACUCCUCCAUUCUUGCCAAUCCACAAUUCUCGUUCUGUCUCUUCAUUGCGGGACGAAUGCUACUAGUACACUCUCAGCAUGCCAGGCUUCCUGUCUCAGAUCAGCUCGAAAGUAUCGUUGGGAGUUUGCUUGAGAUAUCCCGUCGUUGGGCUGGUCCGGGUGCCACGGACCACCGAAAUCUGGCGUCGGUGUUUGGCGAAAGGCUCAUUAAAGCUCGACAAUACAUGUACUGCAACGCGGCAUCACCCGCGACGCCCCUCGACAUUCGACAAGCCGCUUACUCGGAGUCUGGGGAUUGUGCCGAGUCGUCUUCAAUCGAUGUUCGUGCGCGCUGUGGGGACGGCGUCGGACCCUCUACGGUGACAUUACCACACGGUGCACAGAGCUCUUCGACUCCAUUGAAUCCACGUUGGACAUCAAUUGAGGCGCAAUCGUUGGCCGACUACCGCAGUGAGCAGGGUCGCGUCGCGAACCAAGUCUCUCCCAGCGAUUUUCUGAACGAUACCCUGAGCCUCGCGUUUCCACCGCUUCCCCCAUCGCUGCAGGUGCAAUAUGACCCGCUGGCGGGAUUGCCGAUGGUAGACCCUUUGUGCUUGGGCAAGGAAGUACCAUUACCAUUUCUCGAUCACUCUACAUCAGGAAGAUCUCAAUUCUGGAACCCCGGUCCACAAUAGACAUUCCCUCUCUGAUCACGUCCAUAGGUCGUUCUGGGAAUUGGGUCAGGUAUAACAAGGCUAGCCAGCCGCAAAGUCCCGUGAAAAUGUAUAUUCU